GUUCCCGCGCGGCUCGGCCGUCCCGGGAAAGCCACAGGAGGGCGGGCUGGCGGGUGCCCGCCACGCGAAGCAGCUUUGGGCGGUGAACCCUCUGCUGCUCUUGGCUCUCUGGUUCGGGCGGAGACUGAGUUGCUCCGUGGAACCAGUACCAGGAGAUCUCUUCUUAACACCUCGGGGUUCCUUUGGGCUUCGUGCUAUCUAUUUGUGCCAACAUCCUUUUAAACUGGUUCUUUUCUCUAUCCCUCUUUAAAUUCUUUCUCAUUUUAAAAUUAUUGGCAUGGAUUCUUUUUCUCUCCUCCAGAUUAUAUAAACAUUACACACACACACACACACACACACACACGAGUCUUCCAUAAAGAUCACUGCGUUGACACCACUUCCACUCUGUCUCCCCAGAUCAGCGCUUUUAGCGAACCCAUUUUCGCGAGGAUUCGGCCCUCUCUUUUCCUGGCGAGGCUUUUGAACCUGUCGCCAAGGCCGUACCUCGGAGAGAAGGAAGUGCAGUGGGACGUGAGGGAUGCAUGGCGACUGCCCCCAGUUAGAUGCUCUUCAGAUAAUCUGCGACCAAGCUCGCUGAUUAAAUAUUUAGGAAAGACCUCGUAAACAUCACUGCAAAUACAUUAAGGCACUUCAACCCGACAGCUUAUGAUUAUUUCAAAACUUAAAAAGGAGAUCAUUGAUUGUCACUGUUUCUGUGCUCAACCAAGAAACCGAAUCUUCCCGAGGUGGGUGGAUGGGGUGGCUGAAUUGCUUGCUUUUCUCCUCCACGACUCCCCCUUCCCGCUCACUUUCAUGGCUAUGGCGCUCAGUAGCAGUGAUUUAUUUAUUUCUGUAUGGAGUUAAAAGGGUGUGCGUUGGUGGGGGUGUUCUUUGAGGACACGCAGGACCUGACCACAAAGGACUGGCUCAGGUGUCUUGCUUCUGUAUUAACUGGAAAAGACAGACUCUGGAACUUUUACAGGGCGAGAAGAGGCCACCGGCUCGCGCUUUGUAUACUUUGCACUUGAAAUCGUUACAUUCAACUGAAUAUUUGGCUCAUUCAGAUCCGAAAAGUCUCCUAGCAUCGUCAAAUUCCCUCCUCCGCCCCUCAGCUCCAAAGGAGGGGGAGGGGGAAGGUAGGAAAUGUUUAGUAAAUUGCACAUCUUUGAAUCUUCCUAAAGCAGUGGUCACAAAGCUUAAAGGUGACACAACAGUGCUCACGUAAAACCAACACACAUUCCCCACCCCCCUAAACCAACAAUAAAAUCAUCCCCUUCAAUUUGCCAUGAUCGCUGCGACCAGGAGCCAGGUGAUUAUCCUAAUUAAUGUCUAUCUAAUUAAAUUACUGUCAGCAGUUAACCAAUGGCAGGAGCCGUUUCAUCGGCUGCACAAGCAGCAAGAUCAAAAGUGAGCCUUUUCUGAUUGCUGCAUAGUGUCAAUUGGCCAAUCUCUUCUCCCAGGGAAAAAAAAAAAGUAAAUCAAACCUUUGAGAAGCAUUUGCUGGUUGAAGUGCUUUCUGUCUAGUGAGGGGGUCUGUGGAUUUCUAGUUUAUGAUAAAUAGGACUUUAAAAACCAGGGACAGGAGGGCGAGUGUUCAGGUUCUAGAGCUAUGCAGCUGGAGCACUGCCUUUCUCCUUCUAUCAUGCUCUCCAAGAAAUUUCUCAAUGUGAGCAGCAGCUACCCACAUUCAGGCGGAUCUGAGCUUGUCUUGCACGAUCAUCCCAUUAUCUCGACCACUGACAACCUGGAGAGAAGUUCACCUUUGAAAAAAAUUACCAGGGGGAUGACGAAUCAGUCAGAUACAGACAAUUUUCCUGACUCCAAGGACUCACCAGGGGACGUCCAGAGAAGUAAACUCUCUCCUGUCUUGGACGGGGUCUCUGAGCUUCGUCACAGUUUCGAUGGCUCUGCUGCAGAUCGCUACCUCCUCUCUCAGUCCAGCCAGCCACAGUCUGCGGCCACUGCUCCCAGUGCCAUGUUCCCGUACCCCGGCCAGCACGGACCGGCUCACCCCGCCUUCUCCAUCGGCAGCCCCAGCCGCUACAUGGCCCACCACCCGGUCAUCACCAACGGAGCCUACAACAGCCUCCUGUCCAACUCCUCACCGCAGGGCUACCCCGCCGCCGGCUACCCCUACCCACAGCAGUACGGCCACUCCUACCAAGGAGCCCCGUUCUACCAGUUCUCCUCCACACAGCCCGGGCUGGUGCCUGGCAAAGCGCAGGUGUACCUGUGCAACAGGCCCCUUUGGCUGAAAUUUCACCGGCACCAAACGGAGAUGAUCAUCACCAAACAGGGAAGGCGCAUGUUUCCUUUUUUAAGUUUUAACAUUUCUGGUCUCGAUCCCACGGCUCAUUACAAUAUUUUUGUGGAUGUGAUUUUGGCGGAUCCCAAUCACUGGAGGUUUCAAGGAGGCAAAUGGGUUCCUUGCGGCAAAGCGGACACCAAUGUGCAAGGAAAUCGGGUCUAUAUGCAUCCGGAUUCCCCCAACACGGGGGCUCACUGGAUGCGUCAAGAAAUCUCUUUUGGAAAAUUAAAACUUACAAACAACAAAGGAGCGUCCAACAACAAUGGGCAGAUGGUGGUUUUGCAAUCCUUGCACAAGUACCAGCCCCGCCUGCAUGUAGUGGAAGUGAACGAGGACGGCACGGAGGACACCAGCCAGCCCGGCCGCGUGCAGACGUUCACUUUUCCCGAAACUCAAUUCAUCGCCGUCACUGCCUACCAGAACACCGAUAUUACACAACUGAAAAUAGAUCACAACCCCUUUGCUAAAGGAUUUCGGGAUAAUUAUGAUACGAUCUACACCGGCUGCGACAUGGACCGUCUGACCCCCUCGCCCAACGACUCCCCGCGCUCGCAGAUCGUGCCCGGGGCCCGCUACGCCAUGGCCGGCUCUUUCCUGCAGGACCAGUUCGUGAGCAACUACGCCAAGGCCCGUUUCCACCCGGGCGCGGGCGCCGGCCCCGGGCCGGGCACGGACCGCAGCGUGCCGCACACCAACGGGCUGCUGUCGCCGCAGCAGGCCGAGGACCCGGGCGCACCGUCGCCGCAGCGCUGGUUUGUGACUCCGGCCAACAACCGGCUGGACUUCGCCGCCUCGGCCUACGACACGGCCACGGACUUCGCGGGCAACGCGGCCACGCUGCUCUCGUACGCGGCGGCGGGCGUGAAGGCGCUGCCGCUGCAGGCGGCUGGCUGCACGGGCCGCCCGCUCGGCUACUACGCCGACCCGUCGGGCUGGGGCGCGCGCAGCCCACCGCAGUACUGCGGCGCCAAGUCGGGCUCGGUGCUGCCCUGCUGGCCCAACAGCGCCGCGGCCGCCGCGCGCAUGGCCGGCGCCAACCCCUACCUGGGCGAGGAGGCCGAGGGCCUGGCCGCCGAGCGCUCGCCGUUGCCGCCAGGCGCCGCCGAGGACGCCAAGCCCAAGGACCUGUCCGACUCCAGCUGGAUCGAGACGCCCUCCUCUAUCAAGUCCAUCGACUCGAGCGACUCGGGGAUUUACGAGCAGGCCAAACGGAGGCGGAUCUCGCCCGCCGACACGCCGGUGUCCGAGAGCUCGUCCCCGCUCAAGAGCGAGGUGCUGGCCCAGCGGGACUGCGAGAAGAACUGCGCCAAGGACAUAGGCGGCUACUACGGCUUCUACUCGCACAGUUAGGCCGGCCUUGCCCGCCCCGGCCCCGCGCCCCGCCGCGGCCCGGCCCUUGCCGGCUCCUCGCGCCUCUCCCCCUGCGCCUCCUGCUCACGCCCCACCUCGCGCACUCCCUCAGUUUAUUUGACCCUCGAACACCGUCU